AUGGUUCCUGAACAGAAGGUCUCUGAUGGAGACGCUUGUGGCAGCAGUUCAGUGCAGGAGCAGAAGGAGGAUCUGCGCAGGCGUCUCGGCUGCACCACACGCAAGCUGCAGCUGCUGGAGAGCGAGUUUAAGUCGACUCGUCAGUAUCUGGAGACGGAGCUUCGACGAGCGCAAGAGGAACUGGAAAAAUUCACUGAGAAACUGCGCAGGAUUCAGAGCAGCUACGCGGCACUACAGAGAAUAAACCAGGACAUGGAGGAGAAAAUCCACAGAACGACUCAGCGUUACGAAGAGGAGAAGAGAUCUCUGAGUCGAGAGAUCGUCACGCUCAAUAAACACCUGGUGGACGCCAAGAUCACCAUCCAGAAGCUGCGAGCGGAUAACGAUCUGUACAGGAAAGACUGUAAUCUGGCAGCUCAGCUGCUCCAGUGCGGAAAAUCUCCUUACAGAUCGCACAGACUGUCUGAGCUUCCCGCUGAUCUUCAGGAGCGAGUGAGUUCCCACAUGGAGAAGCAGGGUCACAGGCAGAGCGUAGCGCUGCAUCACUCCUGCUCAGACGCCGUUCCCACUGCUGUUAUCGGCAGGGUCCUGGAGAAACCGGAGCCCGGGAGAAGCUGUCCGGUCACACGCUCGCCGAGUCCUCAAGCUCAAGAAUUCCCAUCUGGCACAGACAAAGUUCAGAGGCGUGCGGCAUAUAAGUUGUCAGAUCUAUACUGCAGCGACACUGCUCUAUACUGUCCCACUGAUGAGCGGCGGCACGACCGCUGGCCGGAGCGACGGCAGAGUGCAGACCAGAGCGGACAGAUCCGAGGACACACUGACAGCAACCCGGAAGACGAGAGUUUGCCUCAGACUUUCUCUCUGCAUGAAGACCCUUUCGGAUCUCUUCCGGCCUGUUAUUCCAGCUUCAGUAUGGCGUCGGAUGAGAAGGCUCAAGUGUCAUCAUCCCAGCAGGCUCUGUUCACUGACUGGCGUGAUGGAGACUAUGAGCACAAGAACCCAUCCUCAUAUGGAAAGGAACAUCUGGGAUUUUCCAAGUCGAGCAGCUUCCAGCACGCCGCUCAGAAUGGCGGUUCUCUGGCACACGGCUACAGCGUAUCUGGAGCUCACGGGGACAGACAUGUCCACGACCCUGAGGAUCCGACGGGCGGCUGGAGGCAGAUGAGCGUGGAGGACAUGAACACCUUCUUCUGUAGCCCUGGACGUGCUUCGCCCUUCAGUUUCUCAGAGCGGCACUUUGCGGUCAGUCCAGCCAAGAUCAAACUGGGUCCCCUUUACAGCAGCUUCCAGGAGGGAGACCAUGUCUUCCACACGCGUGCACCGGAUCUGCGGUUCCCUGCGUCAGCGGGAUCAAGUCCCGCGCUGAACCCAAAGAUUAGCCUGAAUGCAUUGAAAAGGGGCUUGAUGUUCCGCUCAAAGGAUGCUGGUCAGGACUCAACGAGCAGCUUCUUCCAGGACAAGCAGAACACGGAUGAAGACGCUUUACGGAGAGAUUACGUAGAUGAAAGUCCCAGUAGUUCUGUCGAGUCACUAAAGAGUCUGGACAUCCAGCACUACAAGAAGGAUCUUCAGAAAAAGACGCCACAGCAUCAAAAGUUUGGAAACGCGGGACUCAGUCGCAAAGACAGUCUUACCAAAGCACAGCUUUAUGGAACGCUGCUUAACUAACCAUCAGUGUUCAACGUACUGCGGUUCACUGCAAAAACUGAUGUUCUUCCUCAGUGUUUCUGUCUUGUUUUCCAGCACAAAUAUCUAAACAUUCUUAAAUCAAGACACAUUUACUGGAGAAGAAAAAUGACUGAAGAUAUUAAGCCUUGUUUUCUGAAAAAUGCAUCAAAAUAAAGUGAGUUUGUGCUUAAAACAAGAAUAUCUGCUAAUGGGGUCAGAAAAAUAAUCUUAAUUCAAAGGGAAAACAAAUCGAUUUUCAGACUCCAUUGGCAGAUAUUUGUCCUUGAUUUAAGCACAAACUCACUAUAUUUAGAUGCAUUUUUCAGAAAACAAGACUGAGGAACAUUUUUUGAAAAGCAGCAGCACUCAAAAACCCAUACAGUAAACUAAUGUCAACAUGUUUGCAAACCAUUUUUCUGUUGCAGUUUUAUAUGGUGGGACUUGAUUUUAUCAUGGUGAGUUUUAUUGGAUGAAGAAAAAUGACCCAUGGUUGUAUAAGGGGCUUAAUGUUACACCUGAAGCGUGCCAUUUCUGCGUUUUAAACACUCAAACUCUCCCUUUGGACCCUCAUCUGCUAUUGGUCAGUCAGACAGAUAGCCCCGCCCCAGCCUCACAUGAUUGGUCGAGUCAGAAGUUGACAUGUCAGGCCACUCAAUG